AUGAUCGACCGCAACAACGGCCACUUUAAACCACCGCUGGACCCCCAGCCGAUGACGUGUGUAAAGUGUGUGCUGGUGGGCGAUGGCGCCGUUGGCAAAACCAGUCUUAUCGUCAGUUAUACGACGAACGGCUUUCCGCAGGAGUAUUCACCCACCGCCUUCGACAACUACAACGAGUCACCUCAGCGGGGUCCAAGAAGCGUCGAAUUUACAGAAGAAGAAAUGACGGUGCAGAACUCUACCAGUAGUCAGUCUUUUCGUCUCUCCAUAGAAGUAGAGUCGCAGGCACCCGGAAGUGCAGAGACUGCCGACAAAAAGUAG